CCACAUUAGCAUUAGACAGAGUUCUAAAAUGGAGUGUGGCGGGUCGUAUCUGCCUCUGGAAUGGGAGGAGAAAUGGAGGAGGGAGAAGGAACGCUUAAAAAGAGCGGUAGAAGAAGGAGGAGAAGGUGCAGAGAGAAACAAGCAAGAGCUCAAACAAAUAGUGGCCUACAAUGAUUCCAAGAUGGGACUGUCCAAUGCCAGGAGAACCCGAGCCGGCCCCGAGCAAGUCCACCAAGACCAAGCAUCCGACGAGAAAACUCUGGAGUACAGCAUCAGGAAUUAUCCUUGUGACAUAUUUGGGAUUUUGGACAAUUUCCGAAAGACGGGAAUUCUUACCGACUUGAAUUUAAUCUUGGAAAAUGGACAAAAUUACCUCGUGCACAGGGCUGUACUCGCCGCUGUCAGCGCCUCUGUGCGUAACAGACUUCCUAAAGAGAAAAGUUUGACUUGUUGGUCUUUAAAUUUGGGUUCUGAAGUGGAUCCCGUUGGACUCGAGGCUGUUCUGGAGUUGGCCUACACUGGUGCAGUCCCGUCUUUGAAUGAGGAAAAUGUAGAGUCUGUCAUCGCCGCCGCUAGAGUCAUGGAAAUACACAGACUGAUGGAGGUUUGUGGUAAAAAAACAAGUGGACAACAAGAUGGCGGCCGGGCAGAAGAGCUGGAGAAGACUCUAGAAGAGAUGGAGCGGCUCAGGAGAGGACAGGAGGGCUGUGACGUUGCGCUGGACGUCAGUGGAGUUUUCUAUCACGUGCACAGAGCCAUCAUGGCCGCCGGCAGUGACUUCUUCCGCGGGAUGUUCACCAGUGGAAUGAGGGAGUCCGGUCUUGGUUGCAUCGCUCUCCCGUUCCUGUUUGCUCCAGAACUUGAGGCUCUCAUCGUUUGUUCCUACACCGGACGCCUCCGCCUGAACUGGGACUGCGUCUUUGAAAUCGCCUGCACUGCGCUCCAGCUCCAGUUCUCUCCAGCGCUGUCUUUAUGUUUCAAAUUCAUGCACGAACAAAUAGACGCUAACUCGUGUUUGGAUCUGAUCUCUUUUGCCGAGGCGUACGGCGUGACCGACCUACUGGACCACGCUAAAGACUUUGUUUUAAGGAAUUUUUGGGAAGUGUCUGGAACCGUGAAAUUCUUAGAUCUGUCUGCAGAAAAACUGUUUGAUUUUCUGAAAUGCGACGGAUUGUGCGCGCCGUCCGAGCUAGCCGUAUUUCGCGCGGUGAUUUCUUGGAUCGAAGCUAGCCCAGAGGAGAGACUAAACCAAGCUAGCUUACUUAUGUCCGCCGUUCGUUUUCCUUUGAUGACUUUUAGGGAGUUUCGAGAAGUCCGAGCGAUCAACUUGCGAAUGGAGAGCGCACGAAACAGAACAGACGUUGAACUGUACCUGGCGGCGCUCAAAGAAUUUGCCAACCAGGAAACGCAAGCGAAAUGCAGAGUCCGAACACCAAAAAGAGCUUUGGUUGUGGUGGGAGGAGACCAGCUUCAUCCGGACACGGGGCGGCGGGUGGCGAGCGCAGAGGUGUGGUUCGCUCACCGUCUGCGCAGCGGCACAGGGCUGGUCAAACACGUGGAGUGGAGGAAACUCGCACAGAUCCCAGAUCAGCCCAAGUUCAGACACGGCGUCGCAGCUUUGGGAGAAAAACUCUACGUGAUCGGAGGAUGUUACUUCUACACGAAACACGACAUCAUGAAGUCAGCCUACAGGUUUGACCCCGAGCAGAACAGCUGGAGGAGACUGGCCGACAUGAAGGAGUUUAGAAGUAACUUUUCUUUAAUUACAAACGAAGGACGGCUGUUUGCGAUCGGCGGCGAUAAGGAGAUCAACGCCAACGUGGAGUCAGUGGAGACGUACGACCCGGACACGGACAGCUGGAGUUUCGUCCACCCUCUGGACCAGCCACUGAGCGGUCAAGCUGCCACUGUCUGUAACGGCGCUAUAUUCAUUUCUGGAGGUUUCAACUGUAAAUACGAGUGCCUUGUGUCGCUGUUCCUGUACCAUCCUGAAGGAGGCUCCACCUACCUGUCCGACAUGACCUUUGACCGCGCUCAGCACACCAUGGAGGUGCUCCGCGGGUGCCUCUACGUCGCCGGUGGAGUUUGCAAUCUGAGAAAAUUUUACACCGACCAACUCGUGUGCGAAACGUACUGUCCGAGCACCGACUCCUGGAGUGUUUUUGUGAACCUGCCUGUCCCGCACGUCGGAGCGCCCUCUGCUGUUCUGGAGGAUAAACUGUAUGUCUUAGGAGGGUACAGUCAGGAGGACUACACGGAGUCAGGGCUCGUGCAUCGUUUUGACCCCAGUACAAACCGAUGGGAGAAUGUGGGGAGGCUUCCAGGAGCUGUGACCGACAUCAGGGCGUGUUUAAUACAUCUGCCAAGUCAUUUCAGACAAUAA